AAAUGGUCAUAGCUACAGUCGAUCAAAAAUAAUAAAUAAUAAUAAUCAUAGCUACAAAUUUUCAGAACCGAAAAGGUACUCGCUUUGCUAGUUGCUUCACUCGGUAUAUAGAUGAUGGCCCUCUUUUCUCUAGCAAGAAGGCUCCAGAGAAUUCACUCUCAGAUCCUAUCCCCAUUUUUCCUUCAGCAUCCUGCCACUGUUCCCUCACCUUUUCCUUCUCCCUCAGUUCACCAACUUUAUUUGUUCUCUUUGGCAUUUCAUCAAACAUUCUUCAUAUCCUCUCAAACACCAGUAGUGACCUCUAAUUUCUCCACGCUCCAAUCCCUUUCAAGCCAAACUCUAAACUACCCAUUCGAGAUCACUCCACCACUAAACCAUGAUCCUGGUCCGCAGGAACCAGCUCUUCUUCAUUUGCUCAAACGGGUUGCCCAUUGUAGCUCUGAAACUGAGGCCAUGGCUUCCCUUGACGAGUCUGGGAUCAAGGCAACUCUAGGCUUGGUGUGUUCAGUGAUUUGGACAUUGAGAGAAGAGUGGAGACUGGCGUUUUUGGCUUUUAAGUGGGGUGAAAAAUGGGGAAGUAGCAGUGAAAAAACAUAUGAGUUGAUGAUAUGGGUGUUGGGAAAUCAUAGGAAGUUUAACAUGGCCUGGUGUUUGAUUCGCGACUUAUAUCGUUCUUCUAUGGAUACAAGACGGGCAAUGUUUGUUAUGAUUGAUAGAUAUGCAGCUGCAAGUGAUCCAUGCAUGGCUAUUCAAACUUUUCAUACUAUGGAGAAGUUCAGAAUGAGUCCGGACGAAGAAGGGUUCAGUACCCUCCUAAAGGCUCUAUGUAGAUAUGGCAACAUUGAAGAGGCUGAAGAGAUAAUGCUUGUAAAUAAGAAGCUCUUCCCACUGGAUGCUGAUGGCUUCAACAUUAUUCUCAAUGGUUGGUGUAAUGUUUUGGUUGAUGUAAUUGAAGCAAAGAGAGUUUGGAGAGAAAUGUCAGAAUACUGCAUUAUACCAAAUGCUACCUCUUAUACUCACAUGAUUUCUUGUUUCUCAAAAGUUGGAAAUCUCUUUGACUCACUGCGGCUCUAUGAUGAAAUGAAGAAAAGAGGCUGGGAUCCAGGCAUUGAGGUGUACAAUUCCCUGGUGUAUGUCCUGGCUUGCGAAAAUUGCUUAAAUGAAGCUUAUAACAUCCUCAAGAAAAUGAAAAAAUCUGGGUUGCCGCCAGAUUCUGCCACUUACAAUGCAAUGAUACGUCCUCUUUGUGAAUCAGAAAAGGUAGAAGAGGCAAGAAAUAUUUUGUCCAUCAUGAAAGAAGAGAAUCUUAGCCCAACCAUGGAAACCUACCAUGCAUUUCUUCAUAGUGUAGGUAUUGAAGGAACUUUGGAAAUUCUUGACUGUAUGAAGGCUGGCAGUUUAGGUCCUACUGGUGAUACCUUCCUCUUUAUUCUCGGGAAGUUUCUCAAAGUGGAGCAACCUGAGCAUGCGUUGAAGAUUUGGGCAGAAAUGAAGCUUUUUGAGGUACUCCCUGAUUCACGUCAUUACAUAAUAUUAGUGAAAGGAUUAGCAACAUCUGGAUGGUUAGUUAAAGCCAGGGAAUACUAUGAUGAGAUGAGAUCUUGUGGAUUUUUGGACGACCCCAAGCUUAAGAAGCUAUUGGAGGAACCAAAGCAACAUAGUAGCAGUAUGAGACAGAGAGGUCAAAUAGAGAUUAAGAGAAGUAAACAAUUAAAUGAAAGGAAAGGCAAGAAAUCAGGCCAGAAGAAAAAGGUCAAUGCUGAUAAAAGAUGAAGAAGACAUGAGGAAAUGGUACUAUUUGAAAGUCUAAAUGUGUGAAACUGAAAAUUCCUUCCAUUCUCUUAAUAUGUUUUAAAUCUGAAGGUUGACCAUUCGGGGAUACCGAUUGCUUCUUUGAAAUAGAUGGAGUCUGUAAAAGGGAUACUGGGGCUAUUUCAGAUGUAGAGAGUGAGGACUGACAGUGGUAGAUGUGUGGUUCAGCUUAAGGUCUAAGGAUGAUAUAAGAAGAUCUUUAUCCACCAUGACCUCAACCAAAUCUUGGUGAAGCCUAAAAGAAAAGAGUUCCAGGGCGGGUGGCUAAAAACAGCAUCAUAGCAGGUGAACUCACAUAAUUUGUGUUGAUCUGUCUGCUUUAAGAAUCGUUUGUUUGUUUGUUUGUUUGUUUGGACAGAAUUGGGUUUAAUACAUAAUAACCAUUUUGGACUUGAGAAACAAACUAUUAAAACCGAGGUGAUGAGGUUGCUCAAAGCGCUUGAUUAUAGAAUGUUCCCGACAUUUGAAAGAUGCGUUUCAGAUAUUUAUGGAGAUGGUUUAGUCUCAAAGGUGUAGAAUAUUUGGGGUUACCUGUUCAAUCAGUGUGGCUUAUACAAUUGAUGCUUGGGAAAACUGAAUGCUUUUUAGCACUGACCUUAUAGGCCUCCUAUGCAGUUUUGUACAUUUAUUACCUAGCUAAACUUCAUAACAGAAUUACAUGGUAAUUGACACUUGGGAUUUCUUUAUAUAUUUAGUCACCUAGAAAAAAUGUAAAAAAAGGAAUUGCAUCCCUGGGUUCCCCUGGAUUGGAUGUUUUAUUUUCUUGGACGAGAGCAAGCUCAACUUCAAAUAAACAAGACCGUGUAAAUCAUAUUAUAUAAUUUGAGACUUGAGGUUUCCAAUAA